AUGGAAUGCAGAGCUAACGGUCUAUCGAAAUCCGCAAAAUGGCUCCAGAUAUCCCCUCUAACCUUGGAUCUUCCUCUCUGCCAGACCCUACAUUCCACAGCGGCUCUGCCUAAACAUAGAAAGGGUUUCACUAGCCCCUCCACCAUGCACAGGACCCCGCACGUGGGAAUUGUCGGUGCGGGCCUCGCGGGCUUGAGAUGUGCAGAUGUUCUACUUGAUACUGGCUUUCGAGUAACUAUCCUCGAAGCUAGGAAUCGAAUUGGCGGUCGCGUAUGCCAAAGCGACGUUGGCAAGUAUGAAGUGGAUGUUGGACCAAACUGGAUACAUGGGACACAAAACAAUCCCAUCGCAGAUCUCAGUAACAGUUCAAAAACUAUUACCCAUGCAUGGGGUGGUUUGCAAAAUGUUAUUGAUACAUCCGGAGAGCCUCUGGAUGGGAGACUGAUAGCAAGGAUUUCAGACUUUAUAUGGACGACUGUGGAAGAUGCAUAUGAAUAUAGUCGUCUGAACAAAGAAAUCAUUCCAGCAGACAAGAGCCUCUUUGACUUUAUUAAGGAGCAGCUGGAAAAAGCAGAGUUUUCGGAAGUUGAGAAGGAAAAAUGCAUUGAGCUGUCGAAAUUAUGGGGUUCAUACAUUGGGUCUCCAAUUGAUAGACAGAGCUUGAGAUUCUUCUUUCUGGAAGAGUGUUUAGAAGGGACCAAUCUUUUUGUGGCAUCCACAUAUAAGAAAAUCGUCGACUCAGUAGCUGCCGCUGCACUCAAACGCGCUGAAGUCCAUCUCAAUGACCCUGUGGUCAAAGUUGAAGCAAAACCCCGAGUUUCGGGUACGAACCACCAAGUUAGUGUUACGACAUCAACGGGGACCCAAUAUGUCUUUGAUGAGCUGGUAACCACGUUCCCCCUCGGCUGGCUCAAGCAAAAUAAAUCCGUCUUCCAACCGGCCCUGCCAGCCCAUCUCUCCAAGGCCAUCGACAACAUCUCAUACGGCCAACUAGAAAAGGUCUACAUCCACUUCCCCUCCGCUUUCUGGGAACAACAACCAACCACGGGCCCCACCACCAGCACAAAACACCCCCUAUCAGCCCUCCAAAAAUCCCAAACCCCACUUCCCGAAAUCUCCCCGUUCACCGAAUUCCUCUCCCCCACCUACACAAACCACCCAGUCACCACCCCCUUCUGGAACCAACAAUGCGUCUCCCUCUCCGCCCUUCCCAGCCCAUUUGCCCACCCAACCCUCCUCUUCUACCUCUACGGCCCCUCCGCCACCCAUCUCGUCUCCCAAAUCCACGCCAUGCCCCCCUCCUCAAAGGAAUACCACGACACAAUUAACACUUUCCUGCACCCCUUCUACUCCCGCCUACCAGGCUACGACCCCUCGUCGCCCAAUUGUCAUCCAACUGCCGUCCUCGCCACGCAGUGGCAAAAGGACCCCUGGGCGGGGAACGGCAGCUACUCGAAUUUCCAGGUCGGGUUGGAGCAGGGGGAUCGCGAUAUUGAGAUUAUGCGCGAGGGCAUGGGUGUUGAGCGCGGGGUGUGGUUUGCGGGCGAGCAUACGGCGCCGUUUGUGGGGUUGGGGACGACGUCGGGGGCUUAUUGGAGCGGGGAGGCGGUUGCGGGUCGGAUUUGUGAGUUCUUAGCUGGAACAGGUACCGGUGGAUAG